ACACAGGAAGAUCACACCAUCCCUCACCAUCAUCAGGGUGAAGAACGGAUUAAUAUAAAAGCUGAGGUUAAAGAAGAAGAAGUAGAGACGUAUGUGGUGGGUGAUCAGCCAAUCACGGAGGAGGUUGGGAUGAUUAUGAAAAGUGAACAGGAGGACAUUUCUCAACCUUGUGACACAGAUGGAUGUGAUGUGAGGAAUUCCUCGGAGAGACAUCUUCUAUUAUCUGCUGAUUGUAAGUCAGAAGAUAAUGUCAUCACACAGGAUCCUCCAGGAGGAAAUCCAAAUACACAAAAUAUACAUCACAGACCUUCCUGUCCGGAGACAUCAAUGGAUCCCUCUGAUCAGGGGGAAUCUUCUCAUCAAUCACAUACUAUGAUUGUAAAUAUCCAUGUAAGAUCUCACACUGCAGAUAGAUCAACAGAUCCUUCUAAUCCCGAGGAAUCUUCCUCACCCCAUGAAGGAGAUCACCGAGGUGACCAUCUAUUCUCAUGUUCAGAGUGCGAGAAAUCUUUCACUAAGAAGAGAUCACUUACUAGACACCAGAAUUUUCACACACGUGAACGUCCUUAUUCAUGUUCAGAGUGCGGGAAAUCUUUCACUCAUCAAGGAAUUUUUGUUAGACAUCGGAUAAUUCACACGGGUGAGCGUCCUUAUUCAUGUUCAGAGUGCGGGAAAUGUUUCACUCGGAAAGGAACCCUUAUUCAGCAUCAGAGCGUUCACACGGUUGAGCGUCCUUUCCCUUGUUCAGAGUGCGGGAAAUCUUUCAAUUAUAAAUCAAUCCUUGUUAAACAUCUUAGAAUUCACACAGGAGAACGUCCUUAUUCAUGUUCAGAGUGCGGGAAAUCUUUCACCCAUAAGGGAGCACUUAACAGACACCAGAAACUUCACACAAAUGAGUAUAAUUUUCCUUGUUCAGAGUGCAGGAAAUCUUUCACUCAUCAAGCAGCUCUUGUUAUACAUCAGAGAAUUCAUACAGAUGAGCGUCCUUAUUCAUGUUUAGAGUGCGGGAAAUGUUUCACUCUGAAAGGAAACCUUGUUAAUCAUCAAAGAAUUCACACAGGUGAGCGUCCUUUUUCAUGUUCAGAGUGCAGGAAAUCUUUCACUGGCAAAGGAGACCUUGUUAAUCAUCAAAGAAUUCACACAGGUGAACGUCCAUAUUCAUGUUCAGAGUGCGGGAAAUCUUUCACUAUGAAAGGAAACCUUAUUCGGCACCAGAGCGUUCACACAAGUGAGCAUCCUUUCCCUUGUUCAGAGUGCGGGAAAUCUUUCACUGAAAAAGGAACCCUUGUUAAACAUCAAAGAAUUCACACAGGUGAGGGUCCUUAUUCAUGUUCAGAGUGCGGGAAAUCUUUCAAUAGGAAAGGAAUCCUUGUUAAACAUCUUAGAAUUCACACAGGUGAGCGUCCUUAUUCAUGUUCAGAGUGCAGAAAAUCUUUCACUGAAAAAGGACAUCUUGUUAAACAUUUUAGAAUUCACACAGGUGAGCGUCCUUAUUCAUGUUCAGAGUGCGGAAAAUCUUUCACUGAAAAAGGACAUCUUCUUACACAUCGGAGAAUUCACACAGGUAAGCGUCCAUAAUCAAUGUUCAGAGUGCGGGAAAUCUUUCACUAGUAAAGGAAACCUUUUGCAACACCAGAGAAUUAAUAUGAGUGAGCUUCCUUACUGAUGUUGUAGAUCAGGGAUCUCCAGACUUCGGCCCUCCAGCUGUUGCAGAACUACACGUCCCAUGAGGCAUUGUAAUACUCUGACAUUCACAGACAUGACUAGGCAUGGUGGGAAUUGUAGUUCCUGAACAUCUGGAGGGUCAUAGUAUGAAGAGCUCUGUUGUAGACGAGUCAGCCUGGUGCAGGUUUAGGAGCGGGUUAAUAGUAGAGGGCGGGGACUUGUUUAUUAAGCAGCUGGUCAGUGAGGCUGGAGG